ACCCACCCUUAAAUAAUCAUCCCGGCCUUAACCCUCUUUUUCUUACACUACCCACUACCCAAUCCUCAAAACUUUAUAAUUUAUAAAAAUGGGAAAUAGUUUAGGUGCUAAGAAAACAGCAAAAAUUAUGAAGAUAAACGGGGAAACCAUGAAGUUUAAGACUCCAAUUCAAGCGAAAGACGUGGUGAAAGAGUACCCGGGUCACGUGGUUUUGGAGUCCGACGCCGUUAAGCAUUAUGGAAUUCGGGCGAAGCCUCUUGAUCCGUUUAAUAAUUUGGAGCCUAAGAAGCUUUAUUUCUUGGUGGAGUUGCCUAAGUUUCCACAUGAUCACCAGCACAGGGUUCCCAGGAGGGUCCGGUCUGGAAUUCAAAUGUCCGCCAAGGACCGCCUUGAGAGCUUAAUGCUUUCAAGGCGGUCUGUGUCUGACCUCUCAAUCAUGGGCCCAGCUACUAGAGUCAUGGUUGACGGUUGGGUUCAUGAUGAAGGUGAUCAGGAGGGAGUUGCCAAGGACAACAACUCUUCUGGGUUGAGAUUGAGGAUGAAGCUUCCCAAGGCAGAAGUGGAGCGGUUGUUGAGUGAAAACGCGGACCAAGACAUGGUAGCUGAGAAGAUUAUGGCCUUAUGUUUGGGUCAAAAUGUGACAAACAGUAGUACCAUCGAUGCUACUGCUGGUAUUUCGAAGGGCAAAGAGGUUAUCAAUGGUGUAUUGGAUCAACCAUUUGCUCGUCCUACCCCAGGAGGUUACAAGAAACGAGUAGGCUUCAUGCCAAACCGACAAAGCGAGAUCAGACUAGCCAUGGCUUCGUGAUAAUAUAGAAGAAAAAAUAGCCAAGGCUUGAAGUUUCAUCAAAAUCGUCAGAUGUGUAUCUUAGAAUUAGGUGUAGCUUACGUGUAGUUUUUUAUGUAAUUUUGCUAGUAAAUUACUCUUUUUUACCAAAAGAAAAAGAAAAACAAAAGGAAAAAAAGAUUGCAGUUUGAAGUUUGGUUUUGGUAUCCAGCAUUUAAAAUGAUGAUUUGUACACCCACUUGUAUAUUGUACAAACAUAAUCUUACUUUGCUGAGAUCUUUGAAUUA